CCUUCAGUUCAUCACACAUUCUCUCUUCACUACAAAACCUAGAUCUCUUUUAAAACAAUGGCGUCCGCUGAUGUUGAGUACCGGUGCUUCGUCGGAGGUCUAGCAUGGGCCACCGAUGAGAGAUCUCUCGAGACCGCCUUCUCUCAGUUCGGCGAGCUUGUUGAUUCCAAGAUCAUUAACGAUCGUGAGACGGGAAGAUCAAGGGGAUUUGGGUUCGUCACUUUCAAGGAUGAGCAGGCCAUGAAGGACGCCAUCGAAGGGAUGAACGGACAGGAGCUUGACGGUCGCAGCAUCACUGUGAACGAGGCUCAGUCCCGAGGAAGCGGCGGCGGAGGUGGUGGACGUGGUGGUGGCGGUGGAUACCGCGGUGGUGGUGGUGGUGGAUACGGAGGUGGCGGUGGUUACGGAGGUGGAAGACGCGAGGGUGGAUACAGUGGUGGUGGAGGUGGCUACUCCUCAAGAGGAGGUGGUGGCGGAGGAUACGGUGGAGGUGGAAGACGUGAGGGUGGGGGUUACGGAGGUGGUGAAGGUGGAGGUUACGGAGGAGGCGGCGGUGGUGGUGGUUGGUAAUUAGAUUAGGUGUGUGAGACCGUUACGUUUCUGGUUCGGGUUUUAUUGUUCUCUUAUGUGUUCUGCUGUCUGGUUCUGCUGUCUGGUUCUGGUUUGUGCUGUUUUGGAUUGUAACAGUUCGUGAUUAGGUAUCUGAUAUCUGGAAACGCAAUGUUAAAUCAAUUAUCUUUCUCUCAA